AUGCGCUUAGCUCUCGUGCUCGCGCUCGUUUCUUCCCUUCAAAUAUUCCAACAAUCUAGUGUUGACCCCGAUCAAUUCGAUACGAUCUGGAAGGUUUCUCUAGUUACAGCAGCUUUUCCAAUUGGAAAGUUUAUUGCAACAUGCUUCCUGUCAUUUCAUCAUGUGAAGUUACAUGAUGAACUGGAUAGAUGUGCAAGGCUUCUGCUCCUCGGAGCAAUCAUUUCAGCUCUUCCAUUUUUCCGAGCGAUUUUCUCAUUUUCCGGUCGUUUUAUAAUGGGAUAUUCGGCUGGAAGUGGAUUCGUUUGUGCACCAGCUGUGCUCCGUUUGGCGGUACCUGAAAGCAUGAGACCUGCCAAUUUCUUGUUUUUGGCCGCCGCCUUUUCGAUGGGAACGUUUUUGGCGAAUUCGAUGUUUUUGAUUUCUGAUAUCAUUCCAGCUUCAUGGUUUUCUGCUGGACUCACUGCGGCGGCAGGAAUAUUCUAUUUGCUCCUCCGUCCUGAUGAAUAUCCAGUUGAGGAGAUGACUGAAACAGUCUCCAUCGACGGAGACACUCCAGAACCCACAAAAAGUUCGCAUCCAGUUCUUUUUGUGUUCAUUUUGAUGGUUAUUAAUGUGUCAAUCGGUGUCCCAUUAAUGCAAACCUACAGUACUCUAAUCUUCAAGUAUUACGGAAUGGCUGCAACGUCUGCUACACUAUUUUCAGUGCUCUAUCCUAUCCUUCAGUUUAUUCCAGUCAUAAUUUCAACGAGAAUUAACGUGUCGAGAAAAACUCUGGUGCUCGGAGGCUACUUCCUUGCAAUCAAAAUCCAAUUCUUCCUCCUUCUCACCGCCGCCUAUCCGUAUCUUCCGGAGAAACACAAAAUGGUAGCGAUGGCUGUUCUUCUCAUAGCUCUCUCGAUCUCCUUCAUCAUCCCAUGCAAUACUGCUCUCUGCAUUUUAUUCGAGCAAUUCGAUGGAGCGAAUGUUAAAACUGCGAGCCAGUCGAGAUGUGUUAUGUGGUUUUUGGCUUCUGUAAGCACUCUAACCUUCUCAAAAACCUUGGAUUCCUAUGGUUUCACCAUCGCCUUCUUCCCAUACUUCCUGAUCUCUGUGGUAUCAUACGCCGUGAUGCUUCACAUUUUCCCUUCGAAAACACCAUUCUCGAUUCAGUUAUAA